CAUCCCGGCUCUUUGACCGCUUUGAUGCAAUUGUGUCGGAGCCAAAAUGGCACCCGGGAUGAGCUUGUGAAGAGCGACUUGGGAGGGAUAAGAAGAUAUCCAAUGAAACAGAGAACGCCUGCUCGCUGUUCGUUGUUUUGUUUUACCAAUAUCUAGCAGUAGCUAUAGCUAGCGAGUAAUGCUAGAAGCAAGAUUAAGAUAUGCACCUGUUUUAAUCUCGUAGUUAGCUACUGACACAUUUCUAAGUGGACUGACAGCAUAAAGUAAGGAUGGCCCAGUGGGACGGACUGAGGCAGCUGCCUGCUGUGUACAGACAGCAGUUACUUGAGCUCUAUGACAGGGAUGCUUUACCUAUGGAUGUUCGGCACUAUCUGUCUGUCUGGAUAGAGAAGCAGGAGUGGGAGCGAGCAGCACGGGACCAUGACUUGGCUGUGGUGCUGUUACAGGUCCUGCUGGAGAAUCUGGAUAUCCAACACAGCCGCUUUGUCCAGGAGGAGUCAUUCUUAUUGCAGCACAACAUCAGACGCUAUAAACAGAACUUUCAGAGAUACCUGGAAGACCCUUGUGCCUUGGCAAGCACAAUCCUUUGGUUUUUGGAAAAAGAGAAGGAAAUCCUCCAAGGUGCUGAACUGGCCGAAAAGGUCCAGUUGUUGCAUGUAGAGCAGGAAGCCAUGGAGACAAGCAGCCAGCAGGACCUUGUACGUAAAAUGGCGGGCCUCAGGAAUGAAGUGCAGUGCCUAGAACACACCAUGAUAUGUCUGGAGGAGCAGCAAGAUGAGUUUGAUUUUAAAUACCAAACCCACAAGAUGGAAGUUGUGGCAGAUGAGGCUGUGAAGAAUGCUCAAAUCAGAGUUCUUCAGUCACUUGUCAACAGACUGAAUGAGUGUAGAAAGAGCACACUGACAGACCUGAAUAAGCUCCUGGACAGGGCUGAAGACCUGAUUGGCAUAUUGGUGAAAAAGGAGCUGGUGGACUGGCAGAGGAGGCAGCAGAAAGCCUGCAUUGGCGCCCCAGACGAUGUUUGCCUGGAUCAGCUAGAGAAGUGGUUCACCUGUGUGGCAGUGUGCCUGUUCCAGGUGCGGGAGUUUCUUAGUAAGCUGGAGGAGCUGGUAGGUAAAGUGUCCUAUGACAACGACCCUGUGAAGGCCCAGAAACCUGCACUGCAGAGGAGAGCAGAUACUCUCCUGAAAGACUUACUUAAGAGUUCCUUUGUGGUUGAGACUCAGCCAUCCAUGCCUCAGGGGAAAGGCCCUCUGGUUCUUCGCACGAAUGUCCAGUUCUCUGUCAAGACCAGACUUCUUGUUAAGUUUCCUGAGCUGAACCACGUCAUGAAAGUGAAUGUCUCCAUGGAGAGGGAGGCUCCUCAGGUCAAAGGAUAUCGGCGUUUUAAUGUCCUGGGGACCAAAACCAAGGCCUUGAAUAUGGCAGAGAGCCAGAGUGGAGGCAUGGUGGCUGAUUUCAGACAUCUGACUCUGAAGGAGCAGAAGUCUGGAGGUGGCAACAAAGGAGUCAGUGAUAUUCCUCUCACUGUUACAGAGGAGCUGCAUAUCAUCCACUUCAACACUGUAUUUGAGCUGAAAGGCUUGUCAGUUGAGUUGCAGGCCUCCUCUCUCCCGGUGGUCAUCAUCUCCAACUCCAGCCAGCAGCAGAGUGCCUGGGCGUCUAUCCUCUGGUUCAAUAUGCUCAGUCAGGACACAAAGGAUGUCAUGUUCUUUGCCAACUCUGGUGCGGCCAGUUGGCCGCAGUUUGGAGAGAUGUUGAGCUGGCAGUUUCAGUCUGCCACUAAACGUGGUCUGAAUGAUGCUCAGCUGGAAAUGAUUGCACACAGACUCUUUGGAAAACAGCUGAACUAUGACACCUGCAAAGUGGCCUGGUCAAAAUUUAGCAAGGAGAAUACUCCUGACACUUUCUGGGUAUGGUUUGAUGGCAUCUUGGUGAUGGUGAAAACUUACCUCGAAGACAUGUGGAGAGAUGGCCUCAUCAUGGGUUUUGUGAGCAAAGGCAAAGAGAAGUCUCUCCUGAAGAGAAAACGGAGAGGCACGUUCUUGUUGCGCUUCAGUGAAAGUGUCAUUGGAGGAAUCACUUUCUCCUGGGUGGAAAACACUGUUACUGGUCAGCCUUACGUAAAUACAGUCCAGCCCUUCACCAAAGUUGACCUUAUUCAGAUCCCCUUCCAUGAAAUCAUCAGGAACUUCCAGAUAUUAGAAGCUGAAAAUAUCCCAGAAAAUCCUCUGGUUUAUCUGUAUCCUGACAUCCCUAAAGAAGAGGCUUUCGGAAAAUACUACUCUGAGAAGAGUGGAGAUGAUAGUCCUUACAUCAAGUACAUCAAAACCAAGCUUAUGUUUGUUUCAAAGGAGAACACACUGGAGGCUAAGCCACCCAUGUCCUCUGACAUGGCACAGGGUGAAGGCCUGGAGCCAGUGAUUGGCCUCUGUGGAGAGCCAGCUGAACAAAACGGAAGUCUUCAUCCUCUGGAUUCAUCUCUGGAUUCACCUCUGGAAACCUAUCACCCUGAUCCCAUGCUGUCUGCUGCUGUUGAAGCCACACAGGAGGACUUACUGAUGUAUCUCAACAACCCCAACCUCUAUCCUGACUCUAGCAUCUUUGAAGAUGAGCCGGGGCUGCCUGAUUUGAGUCUUCAAGAAUUUAAUUGCCUGCCACCACAAUCCUGUGGAAACAUUUUCCAAUAAACAUCUAUUAUUUAUAUUUAUCCAACCUUUAUCACUCAUUGUCAGCUUUACUCCCAGCUACUUACAUCACAAAAUCCAUGUCAUAAAACUGUAGUGUGCAUUUAAAUCCACUAUUACCAGAAUAGUUUGCUUUGAAUCCUGUUUUCACGUGAAAUACUUGCCCCUUUGAUAAUCUUUAUAGUCAGUAUCAAGAAUAGCUUUUUCAGUCAGCAUUCAUUGUUGGUGUGCAUCUGUAAAUUAUUAAAUAUAAACUCUAUAAUUCAUUUUUAUCAUGUUAAUUAUUGUUUAAAAUGAUUCUGUGGGACUAUUUGAAGACACAAAAGAGAGAUAACUGAAUGAGUCGGAGUCAUAUCCAUUCCAUUAGGGUCCCAGGUACUAGACCCUUCAACGUUCGUGCAUCAUAAACUCUUGUGAAUGAAACAUUUUGCAUUUAGGGGGCCCGGUUAUUUUAAGACCAGAUAUCUAAGGAAUGCUAGAAAACUAGGAAAAGGUUUACAUGACAUUUCGCUGACUGCACAUAAUUUAUUUGUUUUUUUUUUUUGUGAAUCCCUUUGUGGUUGUUUUAAUGUUACCACCUACAGCAUGUGAUAAACUGAAAUGAAACAUAGUAUUUCCUCCUUUUUAGAUCUGCUUUUGUAUUAACCUGCUCAUUUAAACCAAAAUGAAAUUUUAUUACCAAUAAAGGGAGAUG